GGCGGGAGAAGACCAUGGCAUCAGGUAAGGCUGGGGCAUCAGAGCCAAACGACUCCAUUACUGAGGCAGCAGAAGGCUCGCCGGACCCCUCCUCGGUGUUGCUGGCUGUCGGGGAGGGCUUUCCACCAGAGAUUUCGCUCUUCUUCUCCGUUGAGAGCCGCUCCUCCCAAUGCCUCAAUUCCCAGCUCCAGGAAGCAGCCAGAAAGAAGCUGUGGGCCCUGGAGAGUGAUGACAGAGACGUCUGUGCCCUGUUCAAGGAGCUGUCAGCCAGGCUGGUCUGCAUGCAAGCACAGGAGGAUCGGUUCCUCCUCACCUUCAAAACCCUAGAAGAAGUCUGGAAGUUUUCCACGUAUCUGACUUUAGGGUAUGUGGGCAGCUGCUUGGAGCAGCUUCUCUUUGACCAGGAGUACUGGCUAAACUGUGCUCUGAUGGAGGACACAGAGAUCAGAGUUACUGUGGAUGAAGAUCGCUUGGCCGCCAUAUAUACGGGUCUGCUACUCCAGGAAGGUAACUUUUUUUCCAGAGCAGUGCCAGGUGUCUGGCAGCCAGAGCAGGAGGGAGAAGAGGGCUUGCAGCUCUGCAAAAACGAGCUGAUCCAUGUGAAGAAUGUUGGAGAGGAGUCCAAGUGGGAAGGGAUGUCCUUACUGACAGGUCAACGAGGCCUGGUGCCUGUGACAGCUCUAGAGCCAAUACCUCACCCAUUUUACCAGUGGUUCUUGAAGAAUUAUGCUGUGAGUUUUGGCGUCUCCCGGGAGAUCAGUGGGACAACCUCUCAGCCGGUUGUCAAAGGCAGGUGCACAGCCACAGAGGACCACAGAGGAGCAGCAUGGGAUGAACUGAGUUUCUCCAAAGGAGACAGCAUAGAAGUCAUCGGCUUCCUCAUUCCAGGACUCCCAUGGUUUGUGGGCAAAUCCCUCAGCAGUGGGAGCAUCGGCUUUGUCCCAACCCAAUACAUAAAUCCCGAGGCUUGCGAACCUCUGGGAAAGGGCUUGGUGUUUCUGAGUGAAGAAGAAAAAUCCCCCCUCCUGCGCAUCCCCUGCAAUGGUGGCGAGCAGCACUUCACCACCCUCCUCAGUGAUCUGGCAUGCACUGACAUCACCUCUGUGUACCGGCUGGAGGCUGUUCUCCGUGGCUGUAAAGAUAUCCAGUUGCUUCAGUCUUGGGAGGAAAUAAAUGGCUUGGCUACAACUAGCACUUCCGAACUGUCUAGCCCAGGGAGUGAAUCAGCCCCUGCUACAUUGGAAGAUGUUCUCCUGGAGAAGCUGGAUGAUUUUGAUGAUCCCAAGUUCUUUAUUGACCUGAAUGCUGGACACAUGGAAGAUGCUGAUGUCUUUGACCCCAUACUGACCUUCCUUAACCAAGACAGUUAUGUGCCCAGUUUUCAAAGCCUCUAUGAUCUCAGUUUUUCCUUUCUCAACUCCACUUUUUAUGGUUUCUCUGAUGAGGAUGAACUGGUCUUGUACCUUGAGACAUCCAGGAACUGGGCCAAGAGGACUCAUUCAGUCUGGGCUCAUGUCAGGCUCUGUUUCCUCUUGGGUAAGCUCUGCAUCAAAAAGGUCAAGUUCUCCCAGGCUCGAGUCUACUUUGAGGAAGCCAUGAGCAUCCUGGACAGGGGUUUUGGGGACCUGCCCUUGCUGGCUGCUUUGCACGUGAACCUUGCCUCCAUCUACUUGAAACAGAACAUGAAGCACAAGUUCUCUACCCUGCUGGGAAAAACGGUGGCCUUGCUUGUCUGCUUGCCUGGCCACUCUUUCAGCUCUGAGAAUGAGCUGGAAGUCAUGAUGUACAUCCUGAGGGAAGCCAUUGCUGUGGGUAACGCUCCCUUGGAAGCACGAGUCUGCUUCCUUAUUGUCAAGCUCUUCCUACAACUGGGCAAAAAUGAUGAAGUGCUGCCCUUUACCGAGCAUCUUCAAUGUCUCGCCACCACUUUACUCAGCCCAAACACUAGCUCUGUGCCACUGGAUGCCACCCCCAUCUUGAGCUACCUGUAUGACAAGAAGUACUUGCCAAAUAUCGCACUGGCCUCUGCCAGGUUGUUUGUUCCCAGUGGCAUCAAGGGGGCACCGACACCCAUUUGGAGAGCUGGCUUCAUCCUCCAAAAUGCUUCCAAACUCCUGGGAAGCCAACUGGAGAGGAGUAGCAUCCCAGCGCUGGCUUGUUUCUAUCUCAAGCAAGCACUGCAUUUCUCCUGUGAGAGCAGAGCCGUGCCCAUCCAGAGGGCACUGUGUGCCAUCUUGUCCAGGAUGUACCUCCAGCAUGGCGUGUUGGACAGGGCGGUUUGUUAUGCAUCGACGGCCGUAACCCUCAGCAGACUGAUGGGUGAGGAGGAGGCUUUUGAGUCUUCCCUCUCUUUGGGGUGGAUGUAUCUCCUGAACAGCCAGCCGGGCCCAGCUGCAGACAUCAUGUGGCAGCUCUUGCGCUCUCUGCACGGGACGGACAGUGUGACUCAGGGGGGAGCCGUGCACAAUCUCCUGGCCAUUGCCCUCAAAGGAGAAGGGCAGGUGCAAAAGGCUGCAGAGAACUAUCUCCGGGCCCUGCACAAAGCCAAGGAGACUGGGAACAAGAGGAACCAGGCCAUCGCCCUGGCUAACCUGGGGCAGCUGAGCCUCUCGCACGGGGCGAGCCAGCUGUCUGAGCUCUACCUGCUCCAGUCGGCUCAGCUCUACGCUGAGCUCCAGGGCAGCGAAGACCUGGAGAUGGAGUUGGUGCGGGUGCUCCUGUGGCUAGCGCAGGCCAUGGUGAACAGGCACAGGAUGGAAGAUGGCAAACUCUGUUAUGAACUGGCAUUGGUUUUUGCCCUGAAGUGGCAUAAUGUGAGGAGUCAGCUUCACAUCACUGAGUCUCUCUGCCAUUUCUACAGCAAAAUCUCCCCCAAUCUCCAGGCCUGCAUUACCUACCAUAAGCACUGGGUAUCUUUGGCACAACAGCUCCAGGACAGAGAGAUGGAAGGCAAUGUCUGUCAGACCCUCAGCCAGCUCUACCAGGCUUUGGGCACAUCCGAGACUUUGAGGCAGUCCCUGGACUGCACCAAACAGAGUCUAAGGAUCUUCAUUGACCUUGAGGAGACUGCAAAAGCAGCAGAGGCCUGGCUGCAGGCAGGAAGGCUCUACUAUCUCAUGCAGGAAGAUGAGCUGGUGGAAAUGUACUUUCAGGCAGCCAUUCAGACUGCUCUGAAAUCCGAGAACUUCUCCUUGGCCAUGGAUCUUUAUGAAAAAGCAGGCGAUACCUUUUUUAAUGGCAGCCGAAACAGAGAUCGAGCGGUGGAAUUUUAUAGGGGAGGUGCUGUGCCCUUGGCCAGGAAACUAAAGGCCAUUAAGACAGAGCUACGGCUGUUCAAUAAGCUGGCAGAGCUGCAGAUCGGGCUGCAGGGCUACGAGAAGGCGCUGGAGUUUGCCACGCUGGCAGCCAGGCUGAGCAUCAGGGUCGGAGACCAAUUGCAAGAGCUGGUUGCAUUCCACCGCCUGGCUACAGUCUACUAUUUUCUGCAUAUGUAUGAGAUGGCAGAAGAUUGCUACCUGAAGACGCUUGCCUUGCAUCCCCCCUUGCUGCAGUGCUCUGGAGAGGCCCUGUACUACUCCAAGGUGUAUUGCCACCUUGGCAACCUGACCCUACACAAGCUGAAGGAUGAACAGGAUGCAGCAACCUACUUCCUCCUGGCCCUCGCCGCAGCGACCGAGCUGGGAGACCGGGAUUUGCAAGGCCUCAUUCAUGCCAAGCUGGGUGACAUCCCCGGUGCCCCCCAGGGGGCCGAGGGCACACCGGGCUGUGCCACGUACCGGCCCAGGUGGCUGAGUGAAGGUGGCCACGUCGUCUGACCCAUCUGCCACGCCAGGGACUCCAGUGCGAGCCGUCAAGCAGCGUCAUGCCAUGCCAUUGGCACGGGUCCAUGUGCUCUCCAGAACAACCGGCCCAUGAGAGGUCCUGCACCGCAUCCUAAGGAGCUGGCAGCAUUUGGUCUUCUUGUCUCUGACAGGCAAGGGACCAAGCACUUGGGACCCUGACCUCAUUUGCAGCUCAGGCAGCACAUUGAGGCUGGGCAUCCGGGCAGGAUGAGGCCCCUGCAGCGGUGCUGGAGCAUGCGGUGCAGCGGGACUGAGCGACAGAUGGCAUUUCAGGAGUGCAGCUGCCCUGCCCAGGAUGGGCACAGGAAAGUGCUGCCAUGUGCCUACCUGUCCCCCCGAACUGCAUCCCCCACCUCAGGUCCCAUGGGACAGCGUGGCCCAACCCAAAUGUGUUUUAACUGGAAUAGUAACUCCUUUAUUUAUUCCUAUCUGGUUUCUGACCUGUCUGCUCUGCAGAGGUCUGUGACCCACACCUUUGCAGAGCCUGGGGCCUCUUUGGUACAAAGCACCACCAAAGCUUCUGGCAGUAAGAGGCAGAAUUAGGGAAAGGAGGAGAACUGAAAGGGGCCGGUCAAGCCUCGCCUGGGAACGAGCCCUGUAUGCAGGUGGGUGGCUGCUCGGGGUGGGGGAGGCAGAGCCCACCCUCACUCCAGCCCUGCCGUUCAGCCUCAGCUCUGGCACUGCAGCAGCCGGGGUGGCCUCUUCCAUCCCACAGCCCAUGUGCACUUUCAGCAUCUAAGGCAUGAGCAUGGUAUGGGUCCUGCACGGGAAAAGAGCCGUCAGUGCCAACCUGGCCCUGGCUUUGCAGCCCGGCACCCUCGCCAGUCCCUCUUCUCCAGGCUGCAGAGCCUUGCGGGACGCAUAGCACUGGGGAGCGGAUGGUGAGGCUGGGCGCGCUGGCCUGUGCCCUGGCACACAUCCAGCCCCCUGGGCAGGGGUGCUGACGGGGUGCAGGGGGACUUUUGGCGGGGAGAGGCAGCUGCAUUGCCUUUACAUGGGCCAUUGGCAGCCCAAGGAGAAGCUGGCCGCCCGGCAGGCAGCAAGCUGCUUUCAAGUGCUCUGUGCUACAUGGCUGGAGGAGAAGCAAAAACUCCUCUGCGGAACGAGCAGGGGGAGUAGGAGGCACCGAGGAGGCUUCUCCUGAAAGCUGCCACCCAGCAGCAGGAGCAGCCGCAGCUCUCCUCCACAGCCCAUCUCACCACCAGAGAGCAAUAAAUGCCCA